AUGAAUGAGUCUGGUCCACUGGAAAAAUUAGUCAAACGUUUCUGGGAGUUGGAACAAGUUCCAAAUGUGUCCGAGGACAAACGGUUUCUGGGUCGCCGCGGCCCUGUUGUCAAACUUUAUUGCGACAUUGCUACAAAUUUUGUGGGUGCUGCACGAAUCCUCAAGGAGCACAUGGAACCCUUCGGCACCAACGACCAGAGCAUCAUGUCGUAUGCUGCAGCACACCGAUUCACCAUCGAAUUCAUCCCGCCCAGAGCGCCACACAUUGGCGGUCUUUGGGAGGCGGCCGUAAAGUCGGCCAAGCACCUUUUGUUGAAGGCUAUGGACAAGGCAAGUCUCAAGGAGGACGAGCUGCAUACGGUCAUCGUGGAGGUGGAAGCCGUGCUAAAUUCGAGGCCGCUCAUCGUGGACAGUGGCAGUCCCAACGAGGGAGAGGUCGUCACACCAGCGCAUCUACUCGUAGGCACAACGCUAGCAACGCUGCCACCCGCAUCCGCGCAGCCAAAGGCAGACUGCAACCUCACGUACUUGCAGAGAUGGCAGCUAGUCUCAGCGAUUUUGGAGCGACUGGUCGAGAGACUAUCUACUGAGCCUACAGCAGCGGGGAAAAUGGACCAAAGGCGUGGACAAUCUUCAAGUCGGAACAGUGGUGGCGAUUCACGAAGACAACGUUCCUCCCCAAUUGUGGAUAACAGGCGUAGUCGCAGAGGUCAUUCCAGGACAUGA